AGCUCGGGCUCCGGCAUGGUGCAAUCCGGCCUCGUCCUGGGAGAGCGGGGCCCGCGCGCGGGGCUGGCGCCGGGGGAGCGGCGGCAGCGACGGUGGCAGUGGUGGCUGCAGGCGCAGGCAGGCGGCAGGUGCUAGAAGCGGGGCUGGGCGAGGUGUGUGCCCGCUGGGCUCCGGGGCCGCCGCCCCCUCGCUGCCCCCAUCUUUCCCUCCCUUUGGGCUUCCCAGCGCGUCCAGCCCCCCGUCUCCGCGCCCCAGACCAUGGCGCCCCGCGGUUGAGCCGGCGCCGCCAGGGACCCCUCCCGCGGGCCUCCCCGGGGCGCGCAGAUCCCGGAGCCGCCCGCCCACCCUCCGCGGAGCCUCCCUCCUCUCCUCGCCCGAGCCGGGCGGGACCAUGGCUGCGAAGCUGCGAGCGCAUCAGGUGGACGUGGACCCGGACUUCGCGCCGCAGAGCCGGCCGCGCUCGUGUACCUGGCCCCUGCCGCAGCCCGACUUGGCCGGCGACGAGGACGGAGCGCUGGGUUCAGGGUUGGCUGAGGGCGCCGAGGACUGUGGGCCGGAGCGCCGGGCGACGGCCCCGGCGAUGGCCCCAGCGCCGCCGCUGGGCGCGGAGGUCGGACCGCUGCGGAAAGCGAAGAGCUCCCGGCGGAACGCGUGGGGGAACCUGUCCUACGCCGACCUCAUCACCAAAGCCAUCGAGAGCGCCCCGGACAAGCGGCUCACGCUCUCGCAGAUCUACGACUGGAUGGUCCGUUACGUGCCCUACUUCAAGGAUAAAGGCGACAGCAACAGCUCGGCCGGCUGGAAGAACUCCAUCCGGCACAACCUGUCGCUGCACACCCGUUUCAUCCGCGUGCAGAACGAGGGCACCGGCAAGAGCUCGUGGUGGAUGCUGAAUCCCGAGGGCGGAAAGACGGGCAAGACCCCGCGGCGCAGGGCCGUGUCCAUGGACAACGGGGCCAAGUUCCUGCGCAUCAAAGGCAAGGCAAGCAAGAAGAAGCAGCUGCAGGCACCUGAGCGAAGCCCCGACGACAGCCCCCCGAGCGCACCAGCCCCGGGGCCCUUGCCUGCCGCGGCCAAGUGGGCCACCAGCCCGGCCUCACACGCCAGCGACGACUAUGAGGCGUGGGCCGACUUCCGCGGUGGCGGGAGACCCCUGCUAGGGGAGGCGGCCGAAUUGGAGGACGACGAGGCCCUGGAGGCCCUGGCGCCAUCGUCGCCGCUCAUGUACCCGAGCCCGGCGAGCGCGCUGUCGCCCGCGCUAGGUGCGCGCUGCCCGGGGGAGCUGCCCCGCCUGGCCGACCUGGGAGGCCCGCUGGUGCUGGACGCGCUGCCCGGGCCGUACGCGGCCGCCGCUGCCGGGCCGCUGGGUGCCGCGCCCGACCGCUUCCCGGCCGACCUGGACCUCGACAUGUUCAGCGGGAGCCUCGAGUGCGACGUCGAGUCCAUCAUCCUCAACGACUUCAUGGACAGCGACGAAAUGGACUUCAACUUCGACUCGGCCCUGCCUCCGCCGCCGCCCGGCCUGGCCGGGGCCCCGCCCCCCAACCAGAGCUGGGUGCCGGGCUGAGGGCCGCUUCCCGCGCCCCGGGUGCCUGCCCCGCCCCAAGGGGCCUCUGUUUUCCCAUCCUGAUCCCCGGGACCCCACCCCCGAUUCCAGCUCCGCGGGAGGAUCCAGGAGGCAGCCCCA